GUAUUAGCUGUGAGUGUGGUAUAUGCAGCUGUUCAAUUCGAACAGUUCUAUCCAAUAGUAGUACACCUGUCGCAAGAUAAGAUAUCGUUGGCGAUAAUUUACAAUUUUGCUUUCGGCCUGAUAGUAGUCAUGAAUAAACUACUACUGCGGCUAUUUGUUGGGCAUCUUCGUGAUUUAGAAGUCGAA